GGAGUCCUGAGGAAGCUAUAGCAGGACAAAAGCACAGGAGCCCAGCACGAGUUGAUGCAAGCAAAGGAGCAAGAGAAAACAAACCCUGCUUUGACAAACAACCCAGCUGCUGGGCUUCAGUAAGGAGCAGGACUGACUUUCAGUGUUUCGUUUGGACUCCAGCUAGGAAGCUGCAGCAGCUACUGGGAAGUCAAGAACCUGAAUGAACAGCAGCUUUCAUAUUAUGCAUCCUGCUAAGCAACAGCAAGGAAAGUAAGAGACGGGGGUUCUGAGUCACAAGCUGGCUCUGCUGAAGAUGAGCCCUGUGCUUCUCCUGUUCUUGGUGUCCACUGUGAAUGUCGGUGCUGCGCUGGAAAAGGGUCUUCCAAGAGGAGAACCACGGCGCCUGUCAUGUGUGAGAUGCUGUGGGCCUUCAGAGCAGCCCAUCUCCAUCAUCUCCUCACGAUACACAAGGAUGAGCAGUGACCCUGCCUAUUCGGUACCCAAAGUCCAGCCCACUAUAGACAUCACCAUCCUCAAAGGUGAGAAGGGAGAAAUGGGAGAAAAAGGGUACCCUGGACCAGUUGGGAAGGAAGGAGAAAGAGGGCUACGUGGCUUUAAUGGAAGGAAAGGACAGAAAGGCCAGCCUGGCCCACAAGGUCAUUCCUGCAAGCAGCUCUAUGCUGCAUUCUCAGUGGGUCGGAGAAAACCCCUUCACAGCUCAGACUACUUCCAGCAAGUCGUUUUUGACACCGAGUUUGUGAACCUCUACAAGCACUUCAACAUGUUCUCGGGGAAGUUCUUCUGCUACGUGGCAGGAAUCUACUACUUCAGCCUCAAUGUCCACACCUGGAACUUCAAGGAGACCUACCUGCACUUGAUGAAGAAUGAGAAAGAGGUGGCCAUCCUCUAUGCCCAGCCCAGCGACCGGAGCAUCAUGCAGAGCCAGAGCCUGAUGCUGGACCUGCAGGAAGGAGAUGAGGUCUGGGUGAGGAUGUUCAAGCGGGAGAGAGAAAAUGCCAUCUAUAGUGAGGAGUCUGAUGUUUACAUUACCUUCAAUGGCUAUUUAAUCAAGCCAGCUGUAGAGUAGCCAUUCAUCAGCAUUAGGCUCAAAGCUUUGGCAGAUACAUUAGUGUCUUCCCUCUUAGAAGCCCAUAUGUCUAGUUCCACUUGGAAUGCCCACAGACCUCCUGGCCUGCUUUAGGGUUGUCUGUCCAUGCCAGGGACACGUGUAUGGAUGGAGGUGACUGUUUCAAGGUGAUGCAAGUACUGACAGUGCCUUACGUACCCUGGGGAAGACACAUGCAGAAGGCCCCGGUUCUGCAGCCCUAUACAGGUCCCCAGUAACAUCCCCAAAGAGUUUGCUAAAUUAGUAGCAAAACUUCAACUUUGCUCUGCUUUAGAGAAGACAUUUUAACUAUAUCUAAGGAUCCUCCUCAGACACCCGUUACUUGGGUGCUGGUUAAGGGAUGUUGCUACUCAUACAACAAUGCUCAAGUAUCUUUGCAGUGUGCAGCAUUGCUGAUAAGCACCUACACCAGGUCUGCUCCACUCAGGUAGGCAAGAACUCACCAGUGUUAAGAACAUUAUCUUGCACAGUGCAUUUACCCCAAGUUACAUUUUUGUUCCUUUUCAUGUAAUAUUCUGAGAGCAUAAUGCUAGGAGUGAAUAAGUAACAGCAUAGCAAUCUGGCAAAGCUUUUUCUAAGGGACAUCGUUUGCUAGACUUCUGUACUUCUACCAAUACACAAGAGCAUACAAGAUGCCUGGGAAUGUGGGCAUUUCCCAUUUUAAGGGAAACUCUAGGCCCUGCCUUAAAUCCAAUUUCAGAGUGCUCAUUGCCAAGCUGGAAUUUGAGGCCAUGCUCAUGUCUGAAAAUUCCCACCUUACAACAGCCUCACUUCUGGAAAAUAGAACUGGAAAGAAAAAACGUGCUUUCCUGCAGCAGUGAUAUUUUAGGCCAUUUAGUUGCUUUCCUCCUAAAAAAGGACUGACAUAACAGUCA